CCUACUUCUCCGCAUUUCUCAUUUUCUCUCUCAGUGUUGAUCUAAGCAAUUCCAAUGGCCACUAUUCAGUCCGUCAAUGCGAGGCAGAUCUUCGACAGCCGUGGAAAUCCCACAGUCGAGGUUGAUAUUCAUUUGUCUGAUGGUACUCUUGCUAGAGCUGCAGUUCCAAGUGGUGCAUCGACUGGAAUCUAUGAGGCCCUUGAACUAAGAGAUGGUGGAUCAGACUACCUUGGUAAAGGUGUUUCCAAGGCUGUGGAUAAUGUUAACACAAUCAUUGGCCCUGCUCUUGUUGGCAAGGACCCAAGUGACCAAGUUGGUAUUGAUAACCUCAUGGUUCAACAGCUGGAUGGAACUGUAAAUGAGUGGGGUUGGUGCAAGCAAAAGCUUGGUGCAAAUGCUAUAUUAGCUGUGUCACUUGCUGUGUGCAAAGCUGGGGCUAGUGUUAAGAAGAUUCCUCUUUACAAGCACAUUGCAAACCUUGCUGGAAACAAGAAGUUGGUGUUACCUGUUCCUGCUUUUAAUGUGAUCAAUGGUGGAUCACAUGCAGGAAACAAACUUGCUAUGCAGGAGUUCAUGAUUCUACCUGUUGGAGCUUCCUCGUUCAAAGAGGCGAUGAAAAUGGGUGUGGAAGUUUAUCACCAUUUGAAGGCUGUCAUUAAAAAGAAGUAUGGUCAGGAUGCAACAAAUGUGGGUGACGAAGGUGGAUUUGCCCCAAAUAUUCAGGAGAACAAGGAAGGACUUGAAUUGUUGAAGACAGCUAUUGCUAAAGCUGGUUAUACAGACAAAGUGGUCAUUGGUAUGGAUGUUGCUGCAUCUGAGUUUUAUGGAACUGAUAAGACUUAUGAUCUGAACUUCAAGGAAGAUAACAAUGAUGGAUCACAAAAGAUUUCAGGGGACAAGCUUAAAGAUCUCUACAAGUCUUUUGUGGCAGAUUACCCCAUUGUAUCAAUUGAAGAUCCAUUUGACCAAGAUGACUGGGAGCAUUAUGCCAAGAUGACUAGUGAAAUCGGUGACAAAGUACAGAUUGUGGGUGAUGAUCUCUUGGUAACAAACCCUAAGAGAGUGGAGAAAGCUAUCAAGGAGAAAUCUUGCAAUGCUUUACUCCUUAAGGUUAACCAAAUCGGUUCUGUAAUGGAGAGUAUUGAGGCUGUUAAAAUGUCCAAGCAUGCUGGAUGGGGUGUGAUGGCUAGUCAUAGAAGUGGGGAGACUGAAGACACAUUCAUUGCUGAUCUGUCUGUGGGUUUGGCCACGGGACAAAUCAAGACUGGAGCUCCUUGUAGAUCAGAGCGUCUUGCUAAAUACAACCAGUUGUUGCGGAUUGAAGAGGAGCUGGGUUCGGAAGCAGUUUAUGCCGGGAAGAACUUCCGAGUGCCCGUUGAGCCCUAUUAGAGUCGGGAAGAGUUGCGAUUGAGUCUAUCUCUCAUUAAUGUUGUUGCAGGCAGCAGCAAAAUAAGCUAUUUUACUUACUAUCAUUGAGUGUCUUAUCUGACAAACAAAUAAGUUCUCUAAAUUUUUGUUCUAUUCUUGCUUGCAAGAUUAUUACAUUGGAGAAAUUGCCUACUCUUCAAUUAAUGGUUUUGUUAUUGCAAAUCCAACUGUAUUUGGAAAGGAACAAAUAUGGAUUAGGGAUUAAUAACGAGUUUACAA